UGCUAACGUGACUACGUCACCGCGCACACGUUCCGUAAGCGUAACUUCACGCUCUCAUCUCGCGAGACUGUGACGAAACCCCUGGGCGAUCCGGGAUUGCGGGGUGUGUUAUGAAAAAUCGGCACCGUCCCGCGAAGAGCGGGGUUGUUGGGUGGUUUGACGGUUCUCCUCCAGUGCCAAGAUGGUGAAGCCAGAUAUCCAUACUCUUGCUCGCCAUCUGAAGCAAGAGCGGCUCUAUGUCAACUCAGAGAAGCAGCUCAUCCAGAGGCUGAAUGCUGAUGUGCUGAAGACAGCAGAGAGGCUCUACCGAACAUCAUGGAUAGCCAAGCAGCAAAGGAUUAACCUGGACAGACUCAUUCUCACAAGUGCUGAAGCAUCCCCAGCUGAGUGUUGCCAACAUGCAAAGGUCCUAGAGGAUACUCAGUUUGUGGAUGGUUACAAGCAGCUGGGCUUUCAGGAGACUGCAUAUGGGGAGUUUCUCAAUCACCUGCGUGAGAAUCCGCGCCUCAUUGCAUCUUGCCUUGUGGCAGCAGAAAAACUCAACCAGGAGAAUGCCCAGAGUGUCAUACACACUGUCUUCACCUCUCUGUAUGGCAACUGUAUAAUGCAGGAGGAUGAGAGCUACUUGUUACAGGUUCUGCGUUACUUAAUUGAGUUUGAACUGAAGGAGAAUGAUAACCCACGAAGGCUGCUUAGGAAAGGCACAUGUGCAUUCAGCAUUAUCUUCAAACUCUUCUCUGAAGGCCUUUUCUCCCCCAAGCUCUUUCUAACAGCAACCCUACACGAGCCGAUCAUGCAGUUGCUGGUGGAGGAUGAGGACCAUCUGGAAACCGACCCUGCAAAACUGAUCGAUAGGUUUUCUCCAGCCCAGCAGGAAAAGUUAUUUGGGGAGAAAGGCAGUGAAGCUUUUCGCCUAAGGGUGCAGGAAAUGGUGGCAUCAAAUGAAGCUAAGCUUGUGACGCUUGUCAAUAAAUUCAUAGGAUACUUGAAGCAGAACACAUACUGCUUCCCGCACAGUCUAAGAUGGAUCGUCUCACAAAUGUUCAAAACUUUGUCCUGUGUAGAGGGGCUGGAGGUUAGCGAGGUGAGAUCUAUGUGCACUGACCUGCUACUGACUUGUUUCAUUUGCCCAGCAAUUGUGAACCCGGAACAGUACGGGAUCAUUUCAGACGCUCCCAUCAAUGAAGUAGCAAGGUUCAACCUAAUGCAGGUGGGCCGCCUCUUACAGCAACUGGCACUAAGUGGAUUUGAAGAGGGAGAUUCACGGAGCAAGAGUAACCUCAGUAAAUUUGACAAAAGCUGUGUGGCUGCUUUCCUGGAUGUGGUUAUCAGUGGUCAUGCAGUUGAAACACCUCCCCUUUCAUCUGUGAAUCUCUUGGAAGGAUUAAGUCGAACAGUUGUAUACAUGACGUACACCCAACUUAUGAGUCUGUUGGGGUUCUUGCGUACUGUCAUCUCCAGUGACCAAUUGCGGGAAGAGGACAGGAUGGCAUUGGAAAACCUCCUAGCUACGGUACCCCAAACCAAGCCAGGGAAGAGUAACAAUGAUACAACACCUUACAGCACUCCUCAACUCUCCCCAGCCACCACACCAGCCUGCAAGAAGAAUAGGCUACCUAUUGGUCAGCAGCUGGCAGCCAUGACAGUGUGGGAAACCUCUGCCUCGAAUCUCACCGCUCACAUUAACCUGGUGACCCCGUUUGUUACUCGCAGUAGAAGCAAAACAAGCCUGAUGGAGGCAGAGAAUGAGGGGUCGCCACAGGAAGUCGACCCCGAUCAGCCUGAAGAGGUCCUGGUCAUUUCUCUAGGGACUGGUCCUCAGCUCACACCAGGAAUGAUGUCUGAAAACGAGGUUUUGAACAUGCAGCUCGUAGAUGGGGGUCAGGCGGACGUGCCUGUAGAUGAAUCUAAACUUCAUGGGAAGCCAGACAAGACCCUGCGUUUCUCCCUCUGCAGUGACAACCUAGAAGGCAUUUCAGAAGGUGAAUGUUUGGGUUUAAGAAUAGUUGACAUUCCAGAAGAGGAAAAUCCGUGUUCAACAGGUCCUUCAAAUCGUUCCAAUUCUGUUUCGUCUCUGGAUCUUGAAGGAGAGUCUGUAUCUGAGCUAGGAGGGGGACCAUCUGGAAGCAAUGGAGUAGAGGCUUUGCAGUUACUGGAACAUGAACAAGCAACCACACAGGAUAAUCUAGAUGACAAACUGCGCAAAUUUGAAAUCCGUGACAUGAUGGGAUUGACGGAUGACAGAGAUAUCUCUGAGACAGUCAGUGAGACAUGGAGCACAGAUGUGCUUGGAAGUGAUUUUGACCCCAACAUUGAUGAAGAUCGACUGCAAGAAAUUGCAGGUGCAGCAGCUGAGAACAUGCUGGGAAGCCUACUGUGCCUUCCAGGCUCCGGCUCGUUACUGCUCGAUCCCUGCACUGGAUCCACUAUAUCUGAGACUACCAGUGAAGCAUGGAGUAUUGAGGUGCUCCCUAGUGAUUCUGAAGCACCAGAUCUGAAGCAAGAGGAGCGGCUGCAGGAACUGGAGAGCUGUUCAGGUUUGGGGAGCACAUCCGAUGAUACUGAAGUCAGAGAGGUCAGCUCCCGACCCAGCACUCCAGGACUCAGUGUGGUUUCAGGUGUUGCUUUUUCAGGUAUCAGUGCAACCUCAGAGGACAUCCCUAACAAGAUAGAGGACCUACGCUCUGAGUGCAGCUCUGAUUUUGGAGGAAAGGAUUCUGUUACAAGUCCUGAAGUAGAAGAGUCUGUUCAUGGACCUCACCAUAUAACUACACCUUCAACCCAGACUGAGUCAUUAUUGGCCAUGUUUGACCCACUGGCUCCAGCAUCUAAUGAAGUGGUUCGGCCUAAAGUACACUAUGCGAGACCCUCACACCCACCUCCUGAUCCACCUUUACUGGAAGGGGCAAGUGGAGGAAAUGAAGCUCGUCUUCCUAUGUUCGGCUUUGUUCCCACGGACUCUGAAGCUUACAGGCAGAGGCACUCAUGUCCUGAAAGACUGGUGCGCAGCCGCAGCUCUGACAUCGCUUCUUCCAUACGAAGGCCAAUGAGUGACCCUGGCUGGGUGCGGCGGGGGAUGACUGAAGAUCGUGAGCUGCCAACAGGAACUGCAAUGAAUGCAUUAAUUAAUCUCCCUCAGUCUUCAUCCUCUUCGCCCAGCAAGGACUCUUCCAGGGGAGAGCCAGAAGAGAAAAAAGACAGUGAUGAUGAGCGAUCAGAUAGGAAUAGGCCUUGGUGGAAGAAGCGGUUUGUGUCUGCAAUUCCCAAAGCUCCUAUCCCAUUUAGGAAGAAGGAAAAACAGGAGAAAGAAAGGGAAGACUUGGUACAAGACAGGUUUUCAAUAGCAGAUGAUGCUACUUCCCAGCUAGGUCCACAUUCCCAGGCAGCAGAAGACAUCCUGGCUAAGUACAGAAAUGCUAUCAAAAGGACAAUCCCCAAUGAAGGUUCCUCUGUGCCCUAUGAAGGAGCAGAUCCUGUUGGAGAUGGAGAAAGCCUUCAUGGGUCUGCUCGUGAUGAAGCUUUGCAGAACAUGGCCUCAGAUGAUCUGCUUGAUUCUGCCAGCCAAGUAGCCCACCCUCAGGAGUCUGCAUUUUCCUAUAGAGAUGCUAAGAAAAAGUUACGCCUGGCCCUGUGCUCCGCAGAUUCUGUGGCAUUCCCUAUGUUGUCUCAUUCAACACGGAAUGGCUUGCCAGAUCACACAGACCCAGAAGAAAAUGAGAUUGUGUGCUUCCUUAAAGUCCAACUUGCAGAGGCCAUUAACCUGCAGGACAAAAACCUGAUGGCUCAGAUUCAGGAAACUAUGCGCUGUGUGAGCCGAUUUGACAGCCGUUCCUGCAGCAAGAUCUUGGCCUCAAUUGCAGAAGAUUACAGGAAGCGGGCCUCGUAUAUUGCAUAUCUAACAAGAUGCCGACAGGGACUACAGAGCACCCAGGCUCAUCUUGAGCGCCUCCUGCAAAGAGUGCUACGAGAUAAGGAGGUCUCCACACGCUACUUCACCACUGUCUGUGUGCGGCUUCUACUGGAGAGCAAGGAGAAGGAAACCCAUGAAUUUAUAAAAGAUUUUCAAAAGCUAACCGCAGCUGAUGAUAAAACAGCGCAAGUUGAAGAGUUCUUGCAAUCACUUUACGGGGCAAUGGCACAAGAUGUGAUCUGGCAAAAUGCCAGCGAGGAGCAGCUGCAAGAUGCACAGAUUGCCAUUGAGCGAAGCAUUAUGAACCGCAUCUUUAAGCUGGCCUUCAAUCCCAAUCAAGAUGCAGACAUUCUGCGAGAUCAGGUCCUGCAUGAACACAUCAAAAGGUUGUCCAAAGUGGUGACUGCCAAUCACAGAGCACUGCUGAUACCUGAGGUGUAUCUGAGGGAGGCUCCUUGGCCAUCUGCUCAAACUGAAAUCCGUACCAUCAGUGCAUACAAGACACCCAGGGACAAAGUACAAUGCAUAUUGCGCAUGUGCUCAACAAUCAUGAACCUUUUAAGCCUGGCCAAUGAGUACUCUGUCCCAGGAGCAGACGAUUUUGUUCCUGUGCUGGUGUUUGUCCUUAUUAAGGCUAAUCCCCCCUGCCUGCUGUCAACGGUGCAAUAUAUCAGCAACUUCUAUUCAAAUCGACUCAGCGGUGAAGAGUCCUACUGGUGGAUGCAAUUCACAGCUGCCGUUGAGUUCAUAAAAACCAUUGAUGAUCGCAAGUAAAUCUCAGACCAAGCUGUAAAAAUGAAGUGGCCGCUCUUUCCCAGGUUUUGGCGUCACAGCCCCACGCCUUGUAUCAUAACUGUACAGACAAAGGGGGUAGUAGUUUUGGUCUUUUACUCUGGGAGGGCCUACAAUUUAUUGCUCACUAGUAGCUUGCAGACCUUUCUGAUUGCAAAAGCAGUCACAUCCCCAUUAGAAAUAUUUGUCCCCACCAAUGCAAAGCCAACUUAUAACCCUUCCCUCUUAUAAUGCUGCAUCAUUUUAAAUGAUACCUUUACUAAACAGAAAAUGACAUUUAACUUGCUGACGUGGAUGUUUUGUUUAAUUUAACUUGAUAUAUAUAUAUAUAUUUUUUUUCUUUCUUCUUCUUAGGAUUAGGUAAGGAAUGAAAAAGGGACCAUGUAUUAACUAUUCUUAGCAAAAGAGAAAAAACAUUGCAUAUAUUGCCGGAUUAGCACUGUAGUUAAAUUGUUCCCUAGGGAUCAUAGGCAAUAAUGCUGCGUAGUUGACAAUUUCACGGGAGGGGUUGAAGUGUUACGCUGCUCAAUCACAUUUGCUACUUCUUUUAAAUGGACACCGAAUACCCUGUUUUAUAAAUUCUAAAUAUUUAUCCACAGAAAAGUCCAUUCUGCUUUGGUUGUGGGUGCUGAUAAGUUUUACCAAAGUUACAUAACUAAUGUCACUAUUGACCUGUGUCCAUAUCUUUUGCAGAGCGACUCUUUAGGGCCGGGGAAAACUGGCAGAUUCGGGAGAUUCAGUCACCUGGCAGUUCGUCGCCCCGAAGAAAAGGCGAUUAGUUGCCAGGCGACUAAAUCUCCCCGAAUCUGCCCGUGUGCCCCAGCCCUUAGGCAUCAGCAAAAGUUCAACAACGGGAUUUGGAUCUAAGGGUAUAAAACGAGCUUUGAGCACAACUAUUUUGUAUGUCUUGUCUGAACCACUGACUAAAUUAAUAAUUUGAUUCCAUUUUGAAAGGAAUCAUUCUUUCCAAUACGAAAUAAGAGAAACAAAAUGUAAAGGUUUGUUAAGCACAGGAUUUAAUGAACUUAUAAAUUGCCAUCACCUUGCAAACCGGAGGGGUAAACUAUAGAUACGUUAUUCGCAAUAAUGGUGAUUUUUAAAAUGGAGGUGUCUUCAUUUAUUAGAUAAACAUUUUUCUCAGACUGUGUCAACAAUUCCUCCUAUUAGUGGAAGGUUGUUUUGGUCACGACGCAGUAAAAUUAGCUUUAUUAUUGGCUUUUCGUUAGUUUUAGACCAGGUUAAAUGCCCAAAACAGAGAUGUUUCGGUAUGCUGUAUAUUGCUUGUAUCCCUUCUAAUUGCUGGCAGACUAGAACUUGUUCCGCCACCAGAGGGUGCAAAAUUCUUUUCAACAGGCUUUGCCAAAAAAAAAAAAAUAGAAUGCAACAAUCAAUACCCUUAGGUUAUCCAUAUUAAUUGUCCUUAUAAAGCAUGUGCAGCAGGCAGGGGACUUCUGUUUGUGGUCAGGCUGAAAGUUUACAAUUCACGGGAAUAGUAGUUUUAAGCGUACCCUAACAAUUGUAGUCACUAAGCCACCCUUGAUGUAAGGUUGCAUUUGAGUAUUAACACUUACACUGCUGUCAUAAAUAGUGUGGAUGGAGACUUAAUACUCCUAACGUGCGCCAUGCUACAGACCUUUUAUUUAUUGAAAUUAUUGCUGCAACCUGGCUAAAAAAAAUUCGAUUUUUUUUUUUUUUUUUUUAAACAAGCCAAUUUGAUGGGUGCAAAUAAGAUUUUGUUUUAAAUUAUAUUUAAAUGAACAGGCAUAUUGAAAAGGAAGGCUCCAUUUUCAACAAUACACUGAUUUUAUUUUCCAAAAGAGCAAUUGUUUCCUGCCAAAGCACUUUCUGGAUGGAGCUAGUCAGGGCUUUAAUCCUUCAACUAUACUUUAAACAGGACUUAGGGCAAUGGAACAUGGAGCGAUUGGUAGCACUUUGCCAUGGAAGGUGACAAAAUGCUCAUAAUUGCCCCUCCAUUGACUUAGUAAAUAGUAAUUGGCUGGAUCCUCCCAUGGAUCGAUUAUCACUCGUUCCAUGUGCUGUCGAUAUAAUAAGUGCACAGCUGACAAGCAUUCAGAAGAGUCUGUUAUUAGUCUAUUGGGCAGCAGUUUACAGAUUUUAAUAUAACCGUUUAUAGUAAACGUAAAGGUGUUUUUUUUGUUUUUUUUUUUAAUUUCUACGUUUUCUUCUGAUAACCAUCCAGGGCCUGUUGAUCACCCUGCUGUUGCCAGCUUUUAUUACCCAUGCAAUAGCAUACUGUAACAGUCAAUAUAUGGAGAGUGGAGCUCUUCAGCAACAAAAGGUCAUCCGUUAAUAACACAAAAUCCAUGCAGUAGGUUUGCUUUUCUGCUGUAAAAUAUAUUCUUUUUAACUAUUCAUAAUGAAAUAAAAACUGACGGGGGAACACA